GCGGCGGCGGCGGAGGAGGAGGAGAGUUAAAAUGGAAGAUGAGGAGGUCGCGGAGAGCUGGGAGGAGGCGGCCGACAGCGGGAGCAUCCCCAAUGACUACGACAUGCAGAGCUUACCCAGUGGAGCGCAACUGCUUGUCAAUUUCCAUCUGGAGAAGCACUAUGGGCAGGAAAUAGAUAGACGGUUGGAAAAGAAACUGAAGAUUACACAAAAGGAAAGCAGAAAAUCAAAAUCUCCUCCCAAAGUGCCGAUUGUCAUUCAGGACGACAGCCUUCCCUCAGGUCCUCCUCCACAGAUCAGGAUCUUAAAGAGGCCCACAACUAACGGUGUGCUUAGUAACCCCAACUCUGCGAGCAGACCAGCUUUUCCGGUAAAGUCUCUGGCACAGAGAGAGGCAGAAUACGCAGAAGCCAGAAAACGAAUUCUGGGCAGCGCAAGCCCAGAAGAGGAACAGGAGAAACCCAUUCUAGACAGGCCAACAAGGAUCUCCCAGCCAGAAGAUUCCAGGCCAUCCAAUAAUGUGAUACGGCAGCCACUGGGUCCUGAUGGUUCACAAGGCUUCAAACAACGCAGAUAGAUGUGGGCAAGCGAUCAUGCUGUCGAAAGCAGGGUCCGCUGCCACGGGUUGCACUGCCGUGGUGGACAAAUGGACUUGAGCAGA